GCUGGCGGGCGGGGCUCUGCUCGCAGUCAGUCCUCGGGUCGGGUGGUGAGCGCGCGCUGCCUGAAGGGAGAGAGGGGCGAGAAACAUGGCGACGCUGAAGGCCGUGUGCGUGAUGAGGGGGGACGGACCCGUGCAGGGCCUAAUCCACUUCGAGCAGCAGGGUAACGGACCAGUAAAAGUUACUGGAAGAAUCACUGGCUUGGCUGAUGGAGAUCAUGGCUUCCAUGUCCAUGAAUUUGGGGACAAUACAAAUGGAUGUAUCAGUGCAGGUCCUCACUUCAACCCUGAAGGCAAGCAGCAUGGUGGACCAAAAGAUGCAGAAAGGCAUGUGGGAGACCUUGGCAAUGUGACUGCUAAAGGAGGAGUGGCAGAUGUGGAAAUAGAAGAUCCUGUCAUUUCUCUUAGUGGACCACAUAGCGUCAUUGGACGUACCAUGGUGGUCCAUGAAAAACGUGAUGACCUAGGUAGAGGGGGAGACAACGAGAGCAAAAUAACUGGAAAUGCUGGACCUCGCUUAGCUUGUGGUGUAAUUGGAAUAGCGAAGAGCUAAGUAUUAUAUUUGAAAUGCUUAAGAUGACUGUGAUAAACUGGCUGUAUUUCAUUGCAAAUGCUGUACUUGCCCUUCCUUGUGCAAGCAAAAGAUUUCACUUAAUCAUAUUACUGCUCUGCAUUCUAAGAUCACUUAAACUGGUGGAGACUGACUUAAUUUUAUAUGAUGUAUAUUUCAGUUAAAGUGACCCUGAUGGAAUGUUUAUGUAGUCUUCUGCUAAAGCAUCUACUGUAGCCACUAAGUAUAAUCUUCACUAACUGAAACUCCCAUCUCUUAAUGGAAGAUGUUUAGUUGCAAUCACAUCCUGAACAUGGGAACUUGGAGUACGUUGUGUGAUGUGGAGGAUUAACUGUACAAGGACUACUCAUCAAAGAGCAGUGGGCACUGUGUGUAUUGGGCUUCCUCCGGGCAGAGUUGCAGCAUUUGUAGGUUUCAAAACUUGUGUAAUAAACUUGCUGGGCAAACACUC